AUGUUCUGCGAUUACUUGGAUCUCAAAUCGAGAGUGAGUCCUUUCAAAGUACACUUCUGAUUCUCGGCUGUUCAGGGAUCCACCACGACUCCGCCGAUCCUCCUCUCUCCCGACGUGCUCCUUUCAUCACUUUCCGAAGAGGAAAAGAAGCGGGCGGUGUCGAAGAAGAUCACGGAAGAAGAGGCCGAAGUGUUCGACUUCGCCGAGUUCUGCCGGCCGUUCGUCUCAGUCGAGCCGAGUGUCGAACUCAAAUGGUACAACAAAGUGGACCCAUCGGCCGCGCAGCGCUUCAAUUCGGAGGAGGAGAGCGUAAAACUGGCGCAACGCCUUCUGCAACUGUUCGCGAAAACGGAGAUGCUCGAAUCGGCAGUGUUCAAGUACGACGACAUCCGAGUGAUCCGUGUCUACUUCAUGGACGAUCGCGAGAUGCCGUCGGAGAAGAUGAUAUCCAUUCUCGACAAUAUCUUCACGGUUUCGAUGACCAAGCUCGGACAGUUUUCGGAUAAAAUAUCGGUGGUCGUGGACUACGAGCUGCGCGCGUUCAUGUCGGAUCCUCCGAAGGUUCACUUUUGUAGACGUGUGGAAUAUUAACGAUUGUUUUUUAAAAAACUUUUCAGGCGAAACGUAUGGUCCUCGAGUCGAUGCUCAAAUUCCCCGAAUACAUUCCCGAUUCGUGGGGCGGAGAGUCGGCAAUAAUGAAGUGGAAAGAAUCGAAAGAGGCGGAUGUACGGAGACGAGAAGCCGAUGAGAAAGAGCGAGAGAAAGAGAAAGAGAAGGAAAAGGAGAAAGAGUUGGAGACGGAGCGGAAUGCGAAAGAGCAAGAGGAAAACAAGAAGAAAGAGGAACGAAAGGCCAAGGAGGCCGAGGAGAACAGGAAGAAGGAGGAUCGCAUCAAGAAGGAGGUCGAGGAGGCCGAAAGGAAGAAGAAGGAGGAAAAGGAGAAGCGGAAGAAGGAGGUGGCGGCGAAGAAGAAGAAGGAGAAAGAGGAGGAGGGCAAGAAGAAGGAGCUGAAGAAGAAGACCAAGAGAGCCAAGAAGGCGUCGAAUCCUGACGCGACGGUAAAAAUCCAUUGAAGAGCUUAGAAAUUGUCAAUUUCAGAAGACGAAGGAGUCAAAGGAAACUGCCGAACCUCCGCUCGCUUCUCCCAAUCCAGCUCAGAUUGCCGCGCCGCCGCCCGUCAAAAAGAUCGCCAAGAAUGCGCUGAAGCCGUCGAGAGAGCCGUCAAUCGAAAGAGAGCCCUCGCUUGCAGUGAACAGACCGAGCGCGGCGGCACCGAAGGCGCUGCAAACUCCGGGAAGGAAAACAAAAAAGGGAACUUAA